AUGAAUUUUCUUGUUAAAGAAGGCUACAUAAGAGGAAGUGUAAGCAAUACCUUGUUCAUCCAGGAACAGGCAGAGAAGAUAAACAUUUUUCAUAUCUAUGUAGAUGACAUUAUCUUUGGAGGCACCUCUCAAGAAUUAGUCGAUGCUUUUGUUGCAAGCAUGACUCGCAAAUUUGAAAUGAGUAUGGUUGGUGAGCUGAAGUACUUUUUGGGUCUUCAGAUAACCCAGUCAGAGGAAGGUGUCUUCAUAUCACAAAACACAUAUGGGAAGAAUCUGUUGAAGAGGUUCAAGCUAGAUCAGUGUAAGGAGGUAAAGACACUAAUGAGUAUUACCACCAAGCUCACUCGAGAUGAAGAAGGAGUCAAUGUUGAUCCAACACUCUACAGAGGAAUGAUUGGAAUUCUGUUGUACCUCACAACGAGUAGACCAGACUUAUGCCUAAGUGUUGGAAUUUAUAUGAGGUUCUAA